GCACCGACAAGGCUACUCGUGAGGCAUGCGCUUUAGGAUAGAGGGGGAAAUCGCCAGCCUUAAAAUUGGCACGACUCCCCCCAUUGCCUGACCAUUGUCACACGGGACACCGUGCCCUAAGACUUCAUCAGCCAUGCCGCGUACUUAUAAACAAUGCGACCAGAUGCUCGCCAUCGACACGACCGACGAGAUCUUUGAUCCAGGCAGCCCAAUCGUUGGCACCGUAAGUCGAAGAGCACCCAUUGUUACAACCGCGGCCAAAGUGAGCAUUGGUCUGUUUGGCCGAGCCAAGGUCAAGAUUGUUCAGCGCCACGGCAACAGCCAUUCCACCUAUCGAAGCCAAUAUCGAUUCUUCCAUACAAACGCGGACGAUGUCGAACUGCUGCUCUACAAUGGGCCUAUGCACAUCGAGCGAUCUGGCGGCACACCUGAAACAUGGCAGUUUGCCAUAAACUUGCCUGCAGUAACUGGAAUCGACCCACGGUCCUUUCGCAAAGAUGAACCUCCAUUCCCGCCACUGGGCACUCUGGAAUCGACUCCUGUCGACGCGCUCCCUCCUACCUUCUUCUUCGGCAACCCCGAGUCCUAUGUAGAGUACUACCUUGAGGCUAUGUUGACAUAUCAACAUAAAGGCCGCUGGGAACAUUACGCUGCUCGAUUACCCAUUGAGGUUCGCGCUACACCGCUCGCUUCGCCAAUUCGAAACUGGAAGCUGCAACGACGCGCACACCGUGAAUCGAUCCAUUCGUACCUUCUGGCCCCAGGAAUGGACGGAGCAGGACUUAGCCUUAAGCAAAAGAGCAAACAGCUUUUCCAUACAUCGAGUGUACCCAAGCUGGAAUACCGCGUCGAAUUGGUCACUCCCUCUCUUAUACAGCUGGAUCAUCCUGACACGAUACCCUUGACGCUGCGAUUUGUUCCGGACCGUAACCAGACUAGCGAGGUGCUCCAUGAUGUACCUAUCCCAAUCACAUUAAACUCUAUUCGCAUAUCGUAUAGAUGGGAAGUCUACGUGCAGGCGCCUGGAACUUUCGGUAUGCGGACUGACAACGGCACAGAACGUGGCGAUUUCCAGCUACAGCGAGUGUUUAACAGUCUGAAAGAACCAGUCAUGAUGACUAUUUCAGACGAUGCUGAGGCGAUGGACUUUGGCGCUCUGUUCAAAUUACAGCUGCGAGACAGGGGCUUAUACUCUGACAAUCGUCAUCUCGGAUCCAUAUGGGGCGGUGUGAUGCGGCCAGACUUUACCACACACAAUAUCAAGAUUGUGCAAGUCUUCAAGUACUACAUCUCGUACAGGAUUCUUGACAAAGCAGAAGAGCUCAAGUUUGAAGUCCCAACGAGAAUUGUGCCCCGACCGCUCGGACUCAAUGAGCCUCCUCCACCAUUUGUCGAGCCGCCGCCUUUUACUGAUGUGCCCAUUGAUGGUGAUGCUGGUCCGUCGAAUGGCCCCAAGGCACCGCCGCCUACCUUUGAAGAGGCUAUUGCAGAGGCAGGGCCCUCUUCGAUAGUUGUCACGGGUGAUUUCAAAGUCUCCAACGUGAACCCUGGCUCCAAGUCCGAAUUGUAGGGGUCAAAUUGUAAAUACAGAGGACAAGAGAGAUAUUAGCAUCGCUAUAAUGCACAACUUCAAACGAAUUUAAAUUUUAAUACUAUUAUUCUUAUUAAUCUGCCCAAGUUAGACUAGUCGAGUUGGAUACUGUCCUCUC